UAUAGUGCUCUUCUUCUUCUUCUCCUCUCAACCAAGAAUUUGUCUGAAACCUGUUAUCUCUCUCUCUAUCUAUCUGUCACAUAGAUAAUUAUUUCGAAAAUGGAUAUCAAUGCCAUCGAGGGUUUUGCACAUUCACAGAGUAACAGCAUCUAAAGGUCUAACCAGAAACCAUUCCUCCCGAGAUGGCGACCGUGAAAGGCCUUCUUAAAGGCCUUCGCUACAUUACUCAGAUUUUCGACGAAGAGAAAGACAAGGACAUGCAGAUCGGGUUUCCUACCGAUGUAAAGCAUGUUGCCCACAUCGGAUCUGACGGUCCCGCAACCAAUAUGCCAAGCUGGAUGGGUGACUUCAAACCUCAAGAGAAUGAGAACGGUCAAGUAGUUUCUCGAGGAGAUGCCAACAACAAUCAAAUAGGAGAAGGAGUUGGAUUACAAGAGUUGUUGCCUCCUCCUGAGAAAGAGAAACCAAAGCAUAAGAAGACGAGGCGUAAAUCUGAGACGGUCUCACAAAACGGUUCUCCACCAAGGCGAAACAGCAGUGCGUCAAUAUCAGAUAUGCAACCGAAACACCCAAGACGCCACCACAGGAGUAGGCACGGGUCCAUAGAUUCAUCGAAUGAUCCAUCAGUUAGGAGGAGGCGUAUUGUCUCUGUAACCACUGACAUGGAAGGUUCUGACCCUCUGUCAGAUGGUUCUGCUCCAGCUAGAAAGUCUACAUCACGUCAUAGGAAGCCGAAAGGAUCAGGAGGAGGAGAGCUAUCGAUGAAGAAGACAAGAGUGAAAACCGAGAAUCCUACUGUUCAAUCAGUCGAUAAAUGUAAUGAUAGUAUCAGCGAUAAAGACUAAAAACACAGGAUG